AUGGGCUCCGUUGUUCAGGAUAGUCCGCCGCGUCUAUCUGGAUAUCCUUCUCCUUCCAACAUUCCAAAUGCGCGACGGGAUGCGCCCUUCAAAAAGAUACUCAGUGAAGUAUACGUGCACUCUGAGGAUCUCGCGCUCGCCAUCAACCGAAUCGCUGCUGUGUCUGAUUUUGUGAAUGCCUAUUAUCAUCGACCCCGAUUCUGGAAACAGGAAGAUGAUCUCAGUCCUCUCAGCGUGCUGGGUCCGGCUACUCAUAUAUUACUGUCCUUGCCACGAUUCGAUGACUCCGUCAAUUCAAAUUCUUUUGAAUUCGUUCAUGAAAUGACACGUCUUGCUUUGCUGAUCUUACUGGCGGGGCUGAAAAGAGCUUAUGCAUUGGCAGCAGUGGAGAUGGAGUUGCUGCAGAGCAAAUAUUCUCGUCUGCUUCGCGGAGACGUGGCUGGUAACUCUUCAUUUAUAUUGCCCAGUCUGCAAGUCUGGACUCUUGUGACUGCUGCAGUGCUUCAAACUCCAGGCCCAGAAAGAAGUCUCUACAUCCAGGAGAUCUCUCGACGUAUGUCUGCCCUUCACCUCGCCGACGGCUCGGCUACAAUCGACCUUAGUCGCCAGAUAGUCUGGAUCGAAGUUCUUGGGCAACCAGAUACGGUGAAUGCUUUAAUAUCCGAAAUUGACACUGCUCACUUCACAAGAAUAAAAAACGAAACACCAUGA